AUGUUUCGACUACUGCUUCUGACGCUACUAGCCCUAGAAUCAAACGCCCUGCCAGUCAUUUUUAAAUAUCACAGCGACAAAACUGAUUAUGAAGUGGCAGGUCAUUCCAAAGACUCAAGUGACAAAGUUUUGUUUGUUGCUGGCUUUAACAAACCAUUAAAACGUAAGCUUUUUUACUAACAACGUAAAUUUUUAAAAUUAAAUUUUAAUUUUUAAAAAUUUUCAUAACACUCAAAAAUCACUCCUAACUCCUCCCAUUUCAGGCCCAAUGUCAAUUCACGGUGACGCUGUAGCCUACAAUGUAGACGAGAAGGAUCUGCCCAACUUUAUUCCAGCCGACCCUAACCAAAUCACUACCACACCCAUGCCCAUCAACGUGCAUUCGUACUAUCGUGAGGUGGUGACUCGCUCAACUCGUGGUCAUGACUAUCUGGUCAAGUCUUCUGAAGUCUCAGAAGAUCAGAAUUCUAAUGAUGUUAGUAAAAGAUACCCAUUGACCGAAAAAGUAUCAACAGGUCAAAAAAUGGAAGAAUUGGAUGAAAAAAGAAUGGCAUCCAAAGUUGGAAAAUCGACCGGUAGUUCGAUGGAGGGCAAGAAAUCCACCGAAGACUUGAUGGAAAACAAAAAGUCGACAGGUUUUUCAAUGGAAGAGUCGAAAUCGACCGAAAAGUUGGUGGAAGAGUGUUACGGUAAUGUUCGUCUGCUACAUCGUCGUACUGUUCGUAAGAUGAACAAGAAGCGAAGAAAGUUGGCACAGGCCAUCAGGAAGCUGAACAAGCUACAGCGAAGCUUCUGUUUGAAGAAACGGCUACACGAAGACAGUGGGAAGUGCUCUACAUGGCGUACGGAGAAGAUGGCGUUGUAUGUCAAGUUGAUGCAGCUUACUCAUUGUAUCCGCCCGACUGCUCAGCCAGUAUUUUAA